AUGGCUGGCGGCUUUCUCUUCGUAUCGCUGCUGGUGUUGGCGAGGUCCUCGGACCUGAAGGGGCCCUGCGACAUCUACGCCGAAGGCAACACCCCCUGCGUCGCCGCGCACUCCCUGACCCGUGCCUUGUACGGAGCGUACUCUGGAGCGCUGUAUCAAGUGAAGAGAGCUUCGGACGGUGCUACUAAGGACAUUUCUGUGCUUCCCGGCGCGGGUAUCGCCGACUCCUCUCUCCAAGACUCCUUUUGUGAGCAAGACUCCUGCAUUGUGUUUCGAAUCUACGACCAGUCGCCGAGUAAGAACCACUUGGCUCUUGCACCUGCCGGCGGCGCUGUGAAAACUCCCGACAAGGGCGUUGAUGCAGCUGCAAAUCGCAUCUUUGCCUUGGACCAGUCCACCAAAAGGCUUCGCGCCGUCUACGGCGCCAAGUUCGAGGGUGGCAUGGGUUACAGGAAUGACAACACCAGCAACAUAGCAGUUGGUGACGAGCCAGAAUCGAUGUACAUGGUCGUGGCAGGGAAGCACUACAAUGGCAAGUGCUGCUUCGACUACGGCAAUGCCGAGGUGGACAAUCUUGACCAUGGUCCCGGCACGAUGGAGGCCAUCUAUUUUGGCUCGAACACUGAAGGCAGUCAUGGGGCAGAGGAUGGGCCUUGGGUCAUGGCUGACUUGGAGGAUGGACUCUGGGCCGGAAGCACUGGGGCAGAGAGCCCGGGAAACACACCCAUUCACAGUGACUUUGUGACGGCGAUGGUAAAGGGGGAUACGAAGAACCGCUUUGCUCUCAAGCACGCGGAUGCCACGGCAAAAGGCGGAAACCUGCCUUCGGAGAAGACGCUCAAGACUCUCUAUGAUGGCAAGCGCCCGGCAAAAUACGAGGUCAUGAAGAAGCAGGGCGCAAUCAUUCUAGGUAUCGGGGGAGAUAACAGCAACUGGGCUGUGGGCACUUUCUAUGAGGGCAUCAUGACAAAAGGGUUUGCUAGUGACAAGACAGAUGAUCUGGUGCAGAGAAACAUUCUGAGUGCGGGCUACAGCAUGACAGCUAGCAUGGAUGGAGUCACGGAAGAGACCUUCGUGUGA